AUGCGCCAGACGCGAACAGCGGCGCUGCGUGAAGAGUUUGAUAAACUCAUCCAAAAUUUUGAGAGAGUCGUGGACUGCAAGGACAACUUCAUUAAAUUAUUGGUGUCUGAUCUGAGUGAAGCGGAGCAGCAGUCAGCACUGGCUCACGGAGCUCAUCUCCAGUCUCUGGAUCAUCUGCUGGAGCUUCAGAAAAGCAGACUGGCAGCACUGGAGUCACACUGGAACACCAGUGUUAAGGAGCUCAGUACUGAGUACAACACAGAGAGGGAGCAACUUUUUAAGCUCCAGCAGCAGGAGAUUGAGUAUCUCAAGGCAGAAACCCAGGCCUUGAUGCAGCGUUAUGAGGAAAAAUAUUUUGAAGCCAUACAGGAUUAUGAGUACACACUUGACCGCAACAAAAUAAAGUAUGCUGGCAUGAAGCAUGCAGUAAAAACCAGAAUGACUGAGCAGAAGCAGUGGUACCUGGAAGAACAGCAGAAGUACAUAAACACCACCGAUGAUAAAACGAAUAACACUUUUGAUUUGCAAGAGGCCAUCAAGCAAAUGAACCUGAACAAGAAGCACAUGCAGAAACUGCAGGGCACCAUCAAUGCACUGCGUUCUCAUCUGAGCUCCAGUCACAGGAACACUAAGGAAGCUUUAGAUGUUCUUUAUGAUUGUGAGCCAAUUAAUGAGGAAAUCCGAGAGCUGAAAGCCAACCUCUCUGCCUGGCCCCUAAAAUCACGGCUAGCUAAUUACUGUCAGCACACCUAUGACACAAUUAACAAAUUACAAAAUAUUAUACAAGAGGGCGAGGCGUUGUUACGUGUGGUUGAUGUGUGUCACAAGCUUGAAACGGUGCAGGAGAAGGUGCUGCCCUUUUACACGUCAUCUUCAAAUGCUAAAAAAAAAGAGAAAGCACAUGCUUUGGAAGUGAUGUCUGAGGAGUUGGCACAGACAAUGGUGGACCAAACAGAUUUAGAAAAGUUCUGGCAACGAUAUAACAAGGUUGUGCUGGAGCGCAUGUGUUUGGAACAGGAGAAGAAGGUCCUAAGAUCGGAGAAGCAGCAGCUGAAGAGUCUUCUCAAGCAGUACAUGGAUGGAAUCUCUGGCAGGGACGAGAUCCUAGAGCAGCCGAACUCACUGCUCAUGGUGUCCCGCCCACCACUCCUAGACGCUCCAGCUCCAGAAACAAAAAGAAAGACACAUAAGCAUUAGUAUCUUGUGGCAAAGUACAUGCUGUAAAUAAAAUAAAAAAACAAAUAAAAGCAAAAGUCACUUAAGAACUUGUUGUUUUUUACCUUCUAAUCAUGCACUUUGUGUUCUGUGGUAUUGGGACACAA